CUGUAUUCUCUUAAAUAGAUGGCAUGCCUCCUGGGAAAGAGAAAGGCAGGCCUUUUUGGAUCCAGAAAGAGAAGAGUUACACCAAUCUUGUCUGCAAAAGUGCCCAACUGAAAAUGGGUCGACCUGGAAGCUCUUCCAAGGCUAAGACCGUGAAUGAGGAAGUAUUUUUGUUAGCAAAUGUGCUAGAGAAAAAAGUUUAUUCAGGCCUGGUGGAUCAUAGACAGAGUAGCAGGUUGCAUUGGCUAAACUACUUAAAACCCAAAGUAAAAGGAAGAAAAAUGACUUUUGCUGAAGAAGACCUCAUCAUUCGUCUGCACAGCCUUCUGGGAAAUCGGUGGUCACUCAUAGCAGGCAGAUUACCUGGAAGAACAGAGAAUGAAAUAAAGAAUUACUGGGAUACUCAUCUUAGUAUGAAGGUCAGAGCAAAAGGCAUGGAUCCCCCCACUCACAAUCCUCUAGCCCAAAACCCUAAUGAAAAUUCUGAUUUUAUUGGUCAUAAUAUGAUUCAACCAAAUGAUUAUGUACAACUUAUUGAUGCUCCACCCUAUAUGAUACCCAAUUCCAUGGAACUACCAGUAUCUUCUGAAUCUGAUCUGCAAUCAUUCCACAACAUUGUUUAUGACUUCAAGAACAUCACUGCGAAAAUUAGAGACAUGGAGCUGAUGGAUGAUCAGACACAGAUGACAUGGACCCAAAAUUUGGAGUGUAACCCAGUUGAGCUGAAUUCUCCCAUCUACACGUCCAUUGUGGAGGAUGAAUUCCAACAUGAGCAUGACACCUUCAUUCGUUGCAUUCAAUAUUACCAUGACAAUUAGUACGUAGAGUUACAGCUUACAACCUGAAUAACGUUUUAGCAUGGGCCAAAACCUAUCUUAGAAAUGGGUUCCAUUGUACUCUAUGUAGGGAUAUGAAAGCAAGGUUUUGUUUUA